ACUACAAUACUUUCUGGGCCUCAGUUUCCUUAACUGAAAAAUCUGGGGUCAGACUAGAUUACCUUGAAGGCUCUUUCACGUCUAAAUCUAUUAUUCUGAGAUGAAUUAACAAGGUACUAUAUUGAUUCAAAUACAAAUUACCCUGAAUAUACGCUUCACUUUUUCCCUUCAUCUCAUGAUACUGAGGGAAAAAGGGGUAUGCACUUAAAACAACGCAAAACUAUCUACAAAAAAUAUUCCGCCUGGCACCUGAUAAAGCCAACGCUGUUACGCAGAGACUGCACUCAGGAUUCUGAAAAGCCAGGUUGGGAGACUGAAAGGGCAACCAGAAUUUAGACCAAUGUGGUACUGAUUAAUAUCUCACUAUAUCUCACUGCACCAGGCACUCGGGGUUUGAGAGACAGUAAAUGGUGUAUUUUCUGUCUUUGAGGAACCUAUGAUGUAGUGCCAAGUUGGAUGGUGAAAACUGUCUUCACUGAAUUCAGAAGUGGUUCCAGGGAGGAAGGAAUUCUGGGGCUUUGGUUGGACCUUAAAGGAUAGAAUAUUAGCACUGGAAUGGCAGUAGCAGGAGUCCUGUUAUUGGCAAGAAGUAUUAAAUUGACAUCCAAAUUUAUAAGUCCUUCAGAGAUUCCUAAAGAAUUUAUAAAAAAUAAUGUUAAAUUACGAGGACGACUACACCGGGUAACUGAAAAGGGGCUGGAGUUGGAGCAUAUUCCCAUUCACAUCCCUCUAAUUUCAUCAUGGAGAAAGCAGCCGUGUGGGGUUUUGCUGAUAAAGCUAGCGGGAGUGGAGCUCACUGAGGCUGGUCACCUGUGGUUGAGAAAGGAGUUAAAACCUUUCCAAGUACUGUGGUUCCAGCUGCUGGCGAGGGACAACUCAUCGCUUCUGUGCUGCCUGUUGGUGAAUCGAGGCAUGUAUUUUACUGUGAGUUUGAACGAAGAGAUUUUGCGAAGAGGGCUUGGCAAAACUAUUCUUAUCAAAGAGCUAGAUCAUAACUCUAGGGUGUAUUGGACGAUUCACAAAAACCUACUAAAAGCAGAGCUAAAAGCCAUAAGAAGAGGAGAAGGAAUUUGGAAAGAAGACACUGAGAAGUCGAGUUACAUAGAGAAAUAUAAAGGUUCGUGGAGAGAAAUAUGGAGCAAAGACCAUUCUUUUAAGAGAAGACUAUUAUGGGAAUUGGACCCAAAGAGAAAAUCCUUUUAUGAAAGGUUAAAGAGCCAAUGUGAAAAAUGUAAAGAUAAGUUAAGUAAUUCUGGUUUUAUGUUGAAGGUCAGAGAGUUUCUGAGUCGUGUGAAACUUGGCAAAAGAUAGUGAAAUGUUGGAAGAUUUCUAGAGGUCACAUAAUUGGAAAACACCUGAAAAGCCGUGGAGUUAUGUAUGUUUACUUGAGAAGUAUUGAUGAGAAGGCCCCAAAUGAUCAGAGUUUUAGACUUUACAACAAGAA